AUGAAUAUUAUACUGAACAAUUUGUUCGAUGAAGGUACCCUAUCCAAAACUGAGUUGAAAUACUGCGAAGACGUAUUAAAUGAAGCUUUACAAUCGGAAAACAAAGCAUAUGAGAGUUACUUUUCUUCAAGACCUAUUCCUGGUAGUAUUGUCGAGGAAAUUGCUGAGGUUGAGGCCCAGAUAUCAACUUUAGAGAGGAAGAUGAAGAGUUUAUUGGUUGAAAAUAAAGAAACUGUGUUGAAUGAUGUAUUGAAAGAUGAUGGAAGAGAAACACUGGAUCAAAUACACGAUCAAUUGGAUCAAUUAUGGGAGCUGGAUAAUAUGGCUGUCAAGAACGAUUCGGAAACGAUAGAUACUACAGACGAACAAGAUAGUAAAAAUGAUAUAAAUAUUGAUGAGUUCUUAGGUCAGAAUGACUCUGACGCUAAAGAGUCGAAAGAAGAUGCAUUCCACUUGGCAUUGAGAAAACUACGCACAAGGAUGAAUAACCAAGAUGAGAACCAAUCUGUCUCUGGAAAUUUGGCCUUGGUUCUAGAUAAUUUGACUAAAAUAACAGAUUUGAUGGAAUUACCAUAUAUGGCACGUACAUGUAUUAGGACGGGGCAUUACCAAGAGGCUGUCAUGUUGUAUACACAUACGAAUUCUUUGAGAGCUAAAUACCCGGAUUCCUCGAUUGUGGAAAGUAUAUGUCAAAAUGUGUUGAAAGAAAUAAACACCACUAUGUUAAUGGGGCUUGUGAAAUUACUAUCGACCAAUAUAACAGUGAAUUCCAUGAAGAAAAUUUUAAAAUACCUAGCGGCAAUUCCACCGUUUGACAACAAAGAUUCCUCUGCACUCCUAAACGUGUUUCUAUCAGUCCGAUUUCGAUUUAUUCAAAAAGAAGUAGCCUCCUAUUCCUUAAAGAUUGACCCACCCAAUGAAUCACUAUUAGAAAUGAUGGUGAAAAGAAAGAUAGAAGUUCUACGAGAGCAUAUCUACAUGUCUUUGAACGUUUUUUGUAAGAAUUUCUCAUACAAUACAGACUCGAUUUUGUUUCCCUUAAGAGAAGAGCUCACGGAUGUUCGUGAUAAAGAUAACAAUAUCUUGUCGAUUCAUUCAAAAGCUAUACAAACAAAUCCUCUCAUGUUGCAAUUCGUAAGCAAAUGUGUGGCAUAUCUCCUUAAAGAACUGAAAGACGCCAAGCUACAACAAAAAUUAAGUAAUUCCGUAUGUUUGCAAUUGGUGUACUGUUCAUUUAGAUUGUUCGACUUAAACCCAAAUUACCAUAACAUAUUGCUAAGUCAAGUCUUUGAAUCAGAAAUAUUCACUAAGGAACAGUUGCUGGAUGCAAUCAAGAAAAGAUCUGAAUUGGCUGCUAUGUAUACGCAUAAGUAG